AUGGAGUCAUGUGGAAACUGUCAACGCAGACGUUUAUUCCACAGUAAAAUAGAAACAAUGGCAGAGCAAAUGAAUGGUCGAUUUUUAAAACAAGACCCUCAAACAAUGGUUUAUUAUUUUAAACAUACAAUGAUAUAUGAAGCAAUAGCGAUAUCAUAUUAUGAAGUCAAUCCGUCGGAAGUUAUUUCAGUGUUAAACUUUGACUUUAUAAUAGAUUUGAUACAACUAGAGUUCGAGAAUUUUGGAAAACAGAAAAUUGGAUUGAUCAUUGCAAAAAACAUGUUUGAACAUUUGGCUAAGCGACUGUUGGCGUUAUUUGAGAAAGAAUAUAUAAUGAGAUCGGCUGAGUUUAUAAAGACACUUUGCGAUUCGGAAAUCAUACUGCAGAAUAAUCCAGUUUUUAUAGGUUUUUUAACUGAGGAAUUUAACAACUGUACACCACAAGAUACCAUAGACAUACACAUUGAGGGUAAACAUGAUCAGAUGCCAUUCCACUUCCCAAGAGCCCUACUAUGGUUCCUUAUACAGAAACAUAAUGUAGAUAAACAUAUUGCAACAGUCCUUCAUUUCAUUGAAAAUGACAUUAAAGUGGAGCAAUAUUUGGAAAAAUUUAAAGCGAGUAAAAAGGUAGUAGUAGCCUGUUUUUACUAUUUGUGUGAAACGGACAACUCAGAUAUGAAGUUGGAACUUAUAUAUGGAUUGAUAAAUGAGUAUAAAAUAGAGUGUAAUUACGAUUAUAGCAUACAGAUAGCAUUGAAAAAUGGUAAUGAUUCAGCCGUUAGCUUUCUUUUAGGGCAUGUACCUACAGAAAUUGAUAUUGUAGAUCUAGUUUUGGAAGUUGAACAGGAAGAAGAUAUUACAAGAUUGUGCGACUUGCUAUCAACAAAUCUUUCCUUAGAAUGUAUUGACACAUAUAACAAAAUCGAUAAUCUGAAGAUUUUGUUUAGGUCGUUACCUCUGAAUUUGUUUAAUUUAAGAAAAUUUAUCAAAACAGCUUGCGUCAGACUUUGUAAAGAUCUGGUGAUAGAAAUUUUGAUUGAUGCGCGGCAAUUAACAUUUGACACAGGUAAUAUUGUUAAUACAGCCUGUGAAAAUGGCUGGGAGGAUGUACUAAAGAUUUUGCUGAACAAGAAAUUAUGCAACCAAAAUGAAAAGAAACAAAUAUUUACUUCUUCAUGCAAAGAUGGCAAUGAAACGUUUCUGAAGUGGAUAGAUAUCAUCACAGAAAUGAUUAAUUUGAAGUUGUAUAGUUUCAUUGACCUUAUGUUACAACAUGUAGACUAUUCGAAGAUUGAUAUUAAAGAAUCAUUGAAUGAUGCAUGUUUUGGGGGAAAGCUAGAAACAGUAAAAUGGUUGAUAGAGAAUUUUGACAAUACAUUAUUCGAUAUGAAAGAAGCAAUGAAUAAAGCUUGUGGGUCGGAAAACACUGACGUAGUGAAAUGGUUGAUAGAGAAUGUUGACAAUAAUUUAUUUGAUAUGAAGGAAGCAUUUAACAAUGCAUGUGGGUCGGAAAACCUUGACACAGUGAAAAUGUUAUUUGAGAGUUUUGACAAUAAAUCAUUUGAUUUGACUGAAGUCAUGAACAAUGCUUGUGGGUUGCGAAACAUUGUCGUAGUAAAAUGGUUGAUAGAUAAUUUUGACAUAACAGUAUUGAAUAUGAAGGAAGCAAUCGAGAUUGCCUGUCUUAUGGGAAAUCUAGACACAGUAAAAUGGUUGAUAGAUAAUGUUAACCAUGAAUUAUUUGAUAUGAAGGAAGCAAUGAACAAUGCCUGUUGGUCAAAAAACCUUGACAUAGUGAAAUUGUUGAUAGAUAAUUUUGACAAUAACUUAUUUGAUAUGAAGGAAGCAAUGAAAAAUGUCUGUCUUACGGGGAAACUAGAUACAGUGAAAUGGUUGUUACAGCACUUUGAAAAUACAAUUUUUGAUAUGAAGGAUGCAAUGAACAAUGCUUGUGGGUCGGAAAACCUUGACACAGUGAAAUGGUUGAAAGGAAAUAUUGACAAUGAAUUAUUUGAUAUGAAGGAAGCAAUGGAAAAUGCAUGUCUUAUGGGAACACUAGACACAGUAAAAUGGUUGAUAGACACUUUUGACAAUAAAUUAUUUGAUAUGCAGGAAUCAAUGAAUAAGGUUUGUUGGUCGAAAAACCUUGACAUAGUGAAAUGGUUAAUAGAGAAUUUUGACAAUAAUUUAUUUGAUAUGAAGGAAGCAAUGAACAAUGCAUGUGGAUCGGAAAACCUUGACAUAGUGAAAUGGUUGAUGGAGAAUGUAGACAAUGCAUUAUUUGAUAUGCAAACAGCAAUGACCAAAGCUUUAAGAUGA